AUGAAUACAACCGCCAUGACCGAAUCCGAGUCAGGAAAACGAAAGGCCUCCACCGCCGGUUUAGCCGCUCAUAGCCGUCCUGUCAAACGCCGAGCUUCGAAAGCAUGUUGCUGCUGUCGCGCCCGCAAGGUCCGCUGUGAUGUGGUAGAGAAUGGUUCCCCGUGCACCAAUUGUCGAUUAGAUCAGGUCGAAUGCGUUGUCACAGAAAGCAAACGGAGAAAGUUCGUCAACACUAUGAACAAGAGAGACAAGUACUUGUUCCAUGUCCUUUUGCUAACGGAGAUUCGGUACUACAGAAAGUCUCGGGUGGAGGUAGAUCAUGCUGCCCACUCUGAAUCCCCAGAAGCCUCUGAGGAGAAUUUGCUGCAUGGUUUUCAGGGUUUGUCUGAAAUGGCACCCACUUCACCCUCUCAGGCGUCCGUGGAUCUAGAUCACGGACAACAUAUGCCACAUUUGCUAUAUCAAACACAGGCCCAACGCAUUGGUUCCGACGAUCAAAGCCGCCGUCACAUGGCCCCCAAUCCUGCCGUGCCCGCGUCAAUGCCUCUGGGAAACGCCACGUUGCAGAUCCAGCAGCUACUUGAUCCCUCUUUUGGAAGCCAUCGAUCCGCGAACGCCUACCUACCAGACUACAUUCGAGGCUUGCCUGCACGGUUCCAAAAGGAGGAUAUUGAUUAUCUCGCUGCAAAGGGAGCUUUAACAAUUCCAGACGCAAAUUUACGAAAUGAGCUUAUGAAGGCCUACAUUCACUAUGUGCAUUCAUAUAUGCCUUUGUUGGAUCUGGAGGAAUUUCUCCAGACCAUUGUUCAAAACGACGGAAUCCACCGCAUCAGUCUGCUACUAUUCCAGGCCGUCAUGUUCGCCGGUAUGGCGUUCGUUGACAUGAAGCACCUGCAAGCCGCUGGUUACCAGACCCGAAAAGUGGCACGUAAAAUUUUCUUUCAGCGAGCCCGCCUCUUGUACGACUUCGACUACGAGGUGGAUCGCAUCUCCCUGGUUCAGUCUCUGCUACUCAUGACCUAUUGGUAUGAGACUCCAGAUGACCAGAAAGACACCUGGCACUGGAUGGGUGUCAGCUUGUCUCUGGCACACACCAUCGGCCUCCACCGAGACCCAGGUAACUCGCGCAUGGAUCUUCGCCGCCAGAGAAUGUGGAAACGCAUCUGGUGGAGUACAUACACUCGUGAUAGAUUGAUUGCCCUCGGCAUGCGACGGCCGAUGCGCGUCAAGGAUGACGAUUGUGACGUACCGAUGUUGACCAUGGACGACUUCGAAUUCCAUGCCUUUUCACCUGAAAUUGUGAAAAUGGUUGGAGACUCGGAAAUUCUGCAGAAUGUCAGCCAUCAGCGAGAGCUGGCGCUGAUGUUCAUCGAAAAGGCCAGACUUUGCCUUUGCGUGAGCCAUGUCCUUUCCGCACAGUACUCGGUGCUCAGUCACAAAUUCGGUGGCACCAUGGAGACCACCAUGAUGCUGGUUCCGAAGAAGUCUACCGCGGAGUCAUUUGAAGUGCGUCGAUGUGAUCAGGAGUUGGAAGACUGGCUGGCCAAUCUCCCAGUGGAGACACAAUAUACGCCCUCGGGAGUAUCGAAGCUUCCGGAGGCCCGUGAAGUACUUCAUUCACACCGAGCCCUGUUGAAGAUGGUUUAUCUCACUACAUCCAGUGCUCUUCAUCGCCCACAGGUCCUUCCCGCAGUCCCGUACCCGUCGAUGGAUUCCGAACUACAGGAAAUGUCUCGCCAGAAAGUUCGGUCCGCCGCCGUGGAAAUCACCAGCAUCGCCCAGGAUCUUCAUGUCCUGGACUUGACUCGAUACUACCCGACGACUGGAGUGACGGUGCUCCUACCAGCCGUCAUCAUCCAUCUACUUGAUAUCAAGUCGAGCGACGCAAGCGUGCGGAUGACAAGUCUCCAGCGCUUCUACCAGUGCAUGCGCAUCUUACAGCGUCUGCGGGAGAUUUACGCGUCUGCCGACUUUGCGACCUCAUUCCUAGAAGCCGCCAUCCGCAAGGCCGGCAUUCAGCUGACAGUCGCACCCCAAGAAGUGCAAUCCAAACGAUCUCGCAAGACCUCAACCAGCGAUCCAUUUGAUUCGCUAUCUCGUAACAACACCCUGACCCCUCCUCCGGACUCCCUGGCCCAGAAAAUCCCGGACCUCACCUACCCGCAGGCCCCCGCAGGCGGGCGGACCACUGGAAACCUCUUUGCCUCGACCCCACCCCAGUCUGACGGCAGCGAAAACGGCAGCACCAAUAACCUCAACCUGGCCCACACCCACGACGCUUUCGCAAUUCCCGAACUUAACUCCGAGCUGAGCCUCACCGAAUUGAUGGACCUGGCCAAUGACGCCGAGGUGACCCAGAACGACUUCGACGCGCUCAUCAACUUUGAUGAUGCUGGCAACGAAUUCUUUACGGAUGAACAACAGCCCGGCGCCGAAGACAAGGGCUACGAUUUUGGCGUCGAUAUGAACAUGGGCUUUGGCACUGAACCGAAGCCGAUUGACUUUGCCAAUCUGACAAAUCUCCACGGCGAUCACGACCAUUCAGCCGAGGUUCAUUCACGGCCCGGUUUGACGGCGGAUUUGGACACAGACCUUGGAAUUGGUCUGGAUGAAUAA